AUGCCCCAAGACCAUCCUUAUUGUAGGCUCCAAUUACCCAGAGAUGCGCCCUUCGAAUUAAGACCUUCUUCCCCAGGGAAAGGAUGGGGUGGCUUCGCUACGAGAUUGAUCAAACGGGGAGACCAGAUAUUAACAGAGAAACCUCUCUUCGUUAUUCCGAAAUCAUCUGAAUACAUCAUAGACAAUGAUAUCUGGGCAACAAUCGCACGGCUGACGCCAGUUGGGAAAUAUCAAUUUUCUCUUCUUCGUGACAACGCCAAUGAGCCUUUCAAGAGAAUCAACGAGGCCUUCGCCGAAAACUCGUUUUCUCUUUCUGUUUGCUCAGGCCACGGCCUGUUUCUGCUCCAUUCGCGCUUCAACCAUUCCUGCAUACCUAACGCCAAAGUCCCUGAUCCCACCGGCGAGGUUAUCGCGUUUGUAGGACAAGACGCGAGCGUCAUGAAGCCCUGCGUUUCGCCUGCAAUUGCAAAGCCUGUCUGCUCGGCACUCCCUUUCAACGACUCAGCGACGCGCGACGAAAAAUUCAUGCGUGGAUUGCAAUACCUUACGCUCGGUGUCGACAUCGAUGGGAAGAGACAGAAUUCAUCAUCUCCAAUAAUUGCCGACCCCAAACUAAAACAAGCAGCAGAGGAUCUAAGCGUUCCUCUUUCCAAUAGACUUAUAUAUUUACUUUUGACUCUAUAUUUAUUCGACGAGGAGGGUCUGCUAGACCAUUUGCAGAGAGAAAGGCUCGAACCCUCCAUAGUGACAAUCACUUCCUUAUUCCAGACGGAGACCAACGCCAAGAUUGUCAAAAUUGCUAUGGCCCAAAAGACUUGGUUGGGAAAGGUUCUUGUAGCGUUCAGGCUCUAUGGGCGAUACGAUGCUGCUGACGAAUCUCUCCCCGAGUUGCUUCGGAUGCUAAGGAACAGUAAAGGGGGUUGA